AUGAUCAACGCGGAUGAGGCGAGUGAACCGAGGAGUGAACAUCAAUCGACGGAUGCUGGUUUAGCGAAAAUGUUGAAAGAGGAAACCGUUCUUGGCUAUGAGGACGAUGUUGCCGCUGAUAACAGAAAGAUGCUUUGCGAAAUGAAUUUGGAAGGGUUGAAUCAAGAGCGAAUGAAUUCGUUGACAGCCAAAGCAGAUGAGAUAUCAAGUGCCGAUGCGAAUUCCAUCGAUCCGAGUGAAUCACCGGAAAGUAGUGUGACAUGUCACGCAGCAAUCAAUACACCAUCUUCCACGACGAAUCAUCAUAUUGAAAAAAGGCAUAUCUGUGUGAUUUGUGGAAAGGAAGUACUUCAAGCAUGGUGUGGUGAAUGGAAUCGUGUAUCGCCAUCGAAUCACCUUGGUAGGCAACUAAGAGUCAGUGAAUAUAGAAUACUGUGA